UUCUCCAUUUCCUCGCGCCAUCACUUGUUCACUACAAAGCCCUUGCACUGUCCUCUAGAAACUGCUACAGUUUCAUUUGAUCUCAGGGUUUUCUCAAGCUUAUUCUGAUGGAGCACCACGCCGGAAAACGCAGACUCGACGUCCUUGCUGCCCAUCUCGCUCCCGCAGGUGAUAUUUCCACUGGACAAGCCCACGUUCUCCCUGCGAAUUGCUGUAGCUACGGCAGUUCUGUGAUUCGGAGAUUCGAUAAUAAGACGUACUUUGCAAGACAAGGAUCUGAGGCUUGUGGUGCUUAUAUGAGGCAGGCUUCAGCUACAGAGAUGAUAUUUCAGGUUCAGGGUAAUCAACGAUCUAAUUCUCAGCCGUUCUUGGAUGUCUCCGAAGGUCCAGUGUAUUCAAGACCUGCAAAGGAUGGAGGGAUUCCCAGUAUUGGAAUAGAUCAGCUUAUGACUCAGAAUUUCAAUUUGAUUGCAUCUGAACCUCCAUUGUUUGCAAGAGCAUGUUUGGGAAUCAAUGAACAAAAUAACCAUGUCAUUUCGGAGGCAAAACUGCCAUCCUCUGGAUCAAAAGGAAUUGGUGGUUUGUCUCCGAGGAUGGAUGUGGCAGAAUCAGGUCGAGGUUAUGUUUUGACUGUAGAAAUUCCAGGAGUAAAGAUCAAUGACAUUAGAGUCGAGGUCGAUGACCAAAAGUUGACCAUAAUCGGCAAACGCUCAAAUCAAUACUGUGGAGUGGUAGGAUAUUCAAGCGACUCGAUCUCUUCAUAUCACAAGAGAGAGAUAUCACAAGGGCCUUACCAGGUUGUGUGGCCACUUCCAAUCAACAUUAAUAAGGACGGAGUCUUAGCUGAGUUCUGGGAUGGAUUACUACGGAUCACUCUACCGAAACUCUGAGAGUUGUUUUCCUCAAAAGUCAUACAAAUGCAUGAGAUAUAUGGUACGCUCGAAUAGCUCCCAAUCGAAACCAUCCAGUAUCUUUAUAUUCGUACAUUCCAUAGGCGAAAUAACCAAAGACAGUUUAUAUAAGUACGUCUACAAUAUUCAUAUGAAUGAAUGUGGAUUGCUGUCGAAAUAUAUAUAUGUAGAUGUAUAUGUAUGUCUGGUUCUGCAAUGUUUGGCUGUUGCUAAGAUGGACUUGGUAUUCAACUUGUGGUUUAAGUUGGGCUAUGUUAUAUUAUAACUAAGUUCAGAUUUUCUUCUA